CAAGAACAAGAUUUAGCUCUCACUCAGACCGGAUCGCAUUUGAAAAUCUGUUCCAAUUUCGCCUAUCUUCCUGAUCACAAUGCCGCAUCUUUUCUGUUUAAAUCUGAAACCCUAACUCUCCCGUAGAUCAUAGAUCCCAUAAUUCAUUCACACUAAUAUAUUGGGGUUCAUGAAACAGAUCGAUUUCUUCUCACUGUACUGAAUCGUUGAUAUGGCUGGCUAUUACAAUAACCCGUUUGAAGAAGAAGAAGAAGAAGCCAAUCCGUUUGCGGUAUUCCCGUUUCCGUGCACUUAUGCAAAAUUGACAAAAGAAGUCGAGGCACAGCUCAAUCAAACUAUGGUAGCGGUCCAUUUUAUAUGACAAAUCAUGGGACUGUUCCACCUGCAUCAAACUCAAGUCUCUCUCCUCUUCCACAUGAACGGGCUGGCUAUGAGUUUCGGAAUACGGUGGAUAUUCCUAUUGAUAGUGCCAAGAUGCAGGAUUUAAAGAAGAAGGAGAAGGAAAUUCAAGCUAAGGAAGCUGAACUGAAGAGGAGGGAACAGGAUCUGAAAAGAAAGGAAGAUGCCAUAAAACGAGCUGGGAUCAUUAUAGAGGAAAAAAAUUGGCCACCAUUCUUUCCUAUAAUUCACCAUGAUAUUGCAAAUGAAAUUCCAAUCCAUCUACAGAGGUUGCAGUAUGUGGCAUUCAUGACAAUGUUGGGUCUUGUAGUUUGUCUUGGCUGGAAUGCAGUAGCUGUUACCUUGGCUUGGAUCAAAGGAGAAGGUCCAACAAUCUGGUUUCUUGCUAUCAUCUAUUUCAUAUCAGGUGUCCCUGGCGCCUAUGUAUUAUGGUACCGUCCCCUCUAUCGGGCAAUGAGGACUGAUAAUGCAUUGAAAUUCAGUUGGUUUUUCUUGUGCUACAUGUUUCACAUUGGAUUCUGCAUCAUUGCUGCUGUUGCACCUCCCAUCCUUUUUAAGGGGAAAUCUUUGACUGGUGUCUUGCCUGCAAUUGAACUUUUAAGUGAGAAUGCUCUGGUCGGGAUUUUCUACUUCAUCGGAUUCGGAUUCUUCUGCACGGAGUCACUGGUGAGCGUAUGGGUCAUUCAGCAAGUGUACAUGUAUUUCCGGGGAAGUGGCAAAGCUGCAGAGAUGAGGAGAGAAGCCGCCAGACAAACAAUGAUGGCGACACUAACAUGACACAACUCCAUGUUCCUCGUAUAUAGCAAACUCCAUCGUUCAUCUCGGGUAUGUACGAUAGAUUUAAACAUCUGCAUCUGAUUAAUUGGCUUUUUCAAUGCAAGUUCGUUUUCAUUUCCAGUAGUAAAAGUAUGUUUACUAUGCAAAGCUCUUGACGAGUUGCUUCACUUUGAAAAUGUGAUAAAGUUUACGUAAAUGUAAUGGACCUCGGGUGCAUGGGACUAGGGUGCGCCAAAUGUAUAGGGAUAUACCCUUAUGGGAGGGCCGGCCUAAGGGUGGGAGGCCAAGAUGCCCUACCGGACCAUGCCCGUUUUUUUUCGGGAACCAACAUUUUUAAUAUGUGUGUGUAUAAAAUACGGAGUAGAAACUUUAAAUAAUUAAACUUUAAGAUAGUUA